AUGUACAGACUUCAAACCAAAAGGGUAAAAGCUGCUGUAGGGCAGAUGUGGACUUCAAAUCUCUCCAAAAUCAGACAAUCUCUUAAAAACGUUUAUCAUAAAUGUAAGAACCAGCACACAGAUUCAACUAGACAUCCAACGAUGACUUCCUAUGAUUGUGAUCAAGAUGAUGUUAAUACUGAUGAAGAAAUGAAUCUUAAAGUAAUGCUCCAAGAUAUUAAAACCGCCCAAAUUGAACUCCUUAGCCAAAUGACUGACAUUGUCAGUGCAGUAUCAAAAAUCCGAGAAAAGACGGACUUUCAUCAGAAGCAGAUGGAGGUCCUGGAAACCAGAAUGGAUGUUAAUGAAGACAAACAACACACAGUAACUAAAGAUGUCUUCUCCAUGAAAGAAAACAUUGAUGCUUUAAAGAAGAAGGUGACAGAACUAGAAAACCAGAAUUCUUCCUCCAGCAUCCACUGCUUAGAGACACUGGAAGGAGAAAAGGGUAAAGAGUUCAUAGAACUUCUUCACAAACUCAUACAACCAGAAACUUUGAAGAACACAUCAGCCUCUACAGACUCUGAAAUCUCUUCAGCAGAACCAGAGAAAGUACCCAGUUAUCACAAGCCCACUGAUCAUCUUGAGGAAAAAACAAUUUCUCCCAAAAUUAAACCUCUGAAGAAAAGUAACCACCAAAAUUCAUUAAGAAGCUUUAAAAAAGCAAAGUCAAAUAUUUAUAUUUACCCAGACUUUAGUACAUGGAUCAAGCUAACUUUUGUUUAUGGAGGAAAGUGGAGAUUUUUCCUCAGUGCUACCAAGUUAGAGGAAUUCAUCCAGUGGCUUCUUUCUAGGCCAACCAUCCCUCUUGAGGAACCACAACUCAUAAGCCAGAGAUAUUGUCCAUUCUCUGGGCCUAUUGCGAGCUUGACCAGAAUCUGUCUCUCUGUUUUCAACUAUAUUUACUGUCUUUUUGGUUCCUCAAAAGAGGAAGUAACUCGACUAUAG